AUGGCUAAUGGAACGAACGGGGACGGCCCGGAUACUCUCUACCCUUCCUUCAUGUUCGAUGGCUUCUUCAACGGCAGCGGCGGCACUACCGACUGCCUGGACCUGCUUCCCCCCGUGCCCCCUCCCGUCAAGGUCUUCCUGCUCGUGGUCUUCAGCUCGGUGACCGUCAUCUGCGGUGUGGGCAACUCGCUGCUCUGCUUCAUCGUGCUGACGCAGAAGCGGCUGCGGAGCGUGACCAAUCUCUUCAUCGCUAACCUGGCCUUCUCGGACCUGCUGAUGGCCGUGCUGAGCGUGCCCUUCACUCUCCACUACUACCUCCACCAGGACUGGGUCUUCGGCUCCUGGAUGUGCUCCUUCGUCGGCACGGUCAAGUUCGUGUCCAUCUACGUCUCCAUCAACACACUCUUCGUCAUCGCAGUCGACAGAUACCACGGUAUUUUCCGACCUCUGCGUCCACGCAUGGAGAAGGGGAGACUGCUGCUGAUAGUCCUGGCCAUCUGGUGCGUGUCCUUCCUGGUUGCCUUACCCACCCCUCUCUUCCUGACAACGUCGCCCCCGACCACCGACUGCCGGGGCCGGACGGUCCGGCUGUGCUACGAGGGCUGGUCCAACCCCCGGGCCGCCAAGGGCUACAUGAUCUUUAUCACGGUGGGCGAGUUCCUGUUCCCGAUCUACAGCAUGGGUUUCAUCUACAUCAGCAUCGCGGUCAAGCUGUGGACGCACCGGACGCCGCCGGGGCAGGUCACGGCGCGCCACCGGGAGAUCAUGCUGGUCCGCAAGCAGAAGACCAUCCCCAUGCUCAUCACCGUAGUGGUGGCCUUCUUCGUCUGCUACGCCCCGUACCACGGCUACAACCUGGCCAUGAACUACUACCAGGAGGAGUGGCACCAGACCGUCCCCCAUUUCUACACCAUGUAUUACGUCAUCGAGAGCGUGGCCAUGCUCAACGCCGUCAUCAGCACGUUCAUCUAUUUCGUCAUGAGCCCGAUGUUCCGUAAGGAGACCCGCAACCUCGCUGGACGGAUCCUGUGCCGGUGCCCGCCGGUUUUUUUAGGGAUCCGGCGCGUGUCGUUCCACUCGGCGGCUAGUCACUCCUACAAUACCACCCGGAACGGUUCCGCGCUCCGUAAACCUAUUGGUCUGGUUGGACCGGAUAACACACUUGAAACUAAGAUUUGAAAUCAGUGUAUAGUAAGCAAAUAAAAGGGGGGGAAAAUUGUCAAAACACACCAGGGAGAGAAAUUCGACUACAACAGCAUCAGACAGAACCUUUAUAAUGGAGUGACUUCGAAACUCGGUUCACAAGAGGGCGCCACCCAUCUGCUCGUCCUUAGGAAAUUCGCCUGUGACGUCAGAGAAAAGCAUUAAAGCUCAAAUAGUGCCCCACACUGUACUCCUCCUUAAAUGUUCAGAAAUGAACAUGGAGGACACACAACGUGAUACAAAACUGGGUUGGUGCAGUUUAAAGGUUCUCCCUCAGGAUAGGGAAUUUAAGAAAGUUUCACCCAAGGAUUUAUGGAUUUAAGAGAGUGUAGUCCUUACGCUGGAUAAUACAUAAUUUCGGGCGAGGACCAUUAGUCGACUGGAGGUUGAUUCUGGACGUAACUUACGCCUGCGCACUAAUAGCAACGUGCGAACGUAUCUCGUCAAAAGAUUGUCAAAACGUCAUAACAAAAGUGUUUAGUCCCAACCUCGUUCCCAGGGUGUCGAGCGGUACGCGUCCACCACUACCUGCUAUCUCACCCUAGUAUUGGAUCAGUUGCAUGUGCUACAUUUUUGAACACGUAUGCAAAUGAGGAAGAGUCUGGUGCCUGCCUGUGCGUUACAUUAUGCGUUUGUUUUUGUAUGGGAUGUCCGGGGUAAAAGCAAAAUGAAUUCGCCGCGGCGUGAGUUACGAAAACACGAUUGUUUUCGAAGUUAAAAUGUUACAAUCUUAUCCCGCAAUUUGC